AUGGAGAGGCUGUUGUGGUGUUUCCUGGUCUUGAUCAGCUUCUCUAGUGUUUUGGGCCAGACAGACUUGCAUAAGAAGGCCUUCGUGUUUCCCAAAGAGUCGGAUAAUUCCUACGUAUCCCUGAAAACACAGUUAAAGACACCACUCACCGCCUUCACCGUGUGUCUCUAUUUCUACACAGAGCUGGCCCCAAUCCGCGACUACAGCAUUUUCUCUUAUGCCACCAAGGAGCAAUAUAAUGAGAUCCUCCUAUUUUGGCCUAAGGGUAAAGGCUAUAGUUUUAGUGUGCGUGGGAGGGAGGUAUUAUUCCAGAGUCCUGGAAACACUGAUGCUCCGACACACAUCUGUGCCACCUGGGAGUCUGCCUCUGGAAUUGCAGAGCUCUGGGUGAACGGGAAACCCCGGGUGAGGAAGAGUCUGCAGAAGGGAGCCUCUCUGGGGACAGAUGCCAGCAUCAUUCUGGGGCAGGAGCAGGAUGCGUUCGCUGGGGCCUUUGAUAGAAACCAGUGUUUGGUGGGAGACAUCGGAGAUGUGAACAUGUGGGACUUUGUGCUGUCUCCAGAAGAGAUUAACGCUGUCUAUACUGGUGGGACCUUCAGUCCUAAUGUCCUUUACUGGGAGGAACUGAACUAUGAAGCAAACGGUGAGGUGUUCGUUAAACCUCAGCUGUGGUAG